CAUAAUCGGAAGCGAGAGGGCGGGAGAAAGCAUAACCGGAAGGGAGAGGGCGGGAGCCGAGACUGUACCCGAUCGCAGCUAAACAUGGCGAGCGUACAGUCUACGAGAAUGUGGGGUACAGUUUUCUCCCUGUCGCUCCGAUCGAGACUGCACAUGCUGUGCUUGUGUGUGACCCUUGUAAUACAUUUGACGUUGCAACCCGUGUCGGCGAGUCAGCGGCCAAGCAGCCUGAAGGAGAUCACGGACGGGAACUGGGAGGACAUCCUGGCCGGGGAAUGGAUGAUUAAAUUCUUCGCCCCGUGGUGUCCGGCAUGCCAGCAGCUCCAGCCUGCGUGGAGUGAGUUUGCUGACUGGGGGGAGGACAUGGGGGUCAACAUAGCCAAGGUGGACGUGACUGAACAGCCGGGUUUGAGUGGGCGGUUCAUCAUAACAUCACUUCCUACAAUCUACCACUGUAAGGACGGUGUGUUCAGGAAGUACCAAGGUGCCCGCACGAAAAACGACUUCCUUGCAUUCGUUGACGAGCAAAAGUGGCAAGCCAUAGAGCCGGUGUCCUCGUGGUUUGGUCCAUCCUCCUUCCUGAUGAACUCGAUGUCUGCUUUGUUCAAGCUGUCCAUGUUUAUCCGGCGUUGUCAUAACUACAUGACGGACCAGCUGGGGAUUCCUGUGUGGGGCUCCUACAUCAUCUUCGGAUUGGCCACCCUGUUCUCCGGCCUGGCUCUCGGAUUGAUACUGGUGUUCAUCGCUGACUUUGUGUUCCCCUCGCGACGCUUCUCCUCGUCUGACUACUACCAGAAGAAGCAGAGCCUGCAGCAGGCCCGUCUGCUCCAGCAGCAGGAGGCCGACCACGAAGCCGACGGAGAGGAGGACGACGAUGAAGACGAGGACGAGGACGAGGAGGAAGAGGAGUUCGGCGAGCAGGACCAAGAUGAGGACUGGACCCGGAGGAGAGGCUCCCCGGAGGGCCGGCCCGAGACCGGGGCCCAGGGCUUCACGGAGGAGGCGGUGAGGAAGAGGAUCGUGGCUCAGCGACAGGACGAAGAGGAGGACACCUAGACGGCGUCGGCCCGUGGUCGAGAGCCGACCGGUGGCGCUUGGCGGCGGAGGCGGAGUUUGCGGUGGAAGAAAGGUCAGGUCCUGAGGCGACAGUGUUCCCAGCCAGAGUUCCACAGAUAGCCCCCUGAACAACGUGAGUGCUCCCUCCUCCCUCCCCUCCCCCCCCUUUGAGCCCUACGGACCCCUGGCUCCGCCUCCCGCCCAGGUCUCCCCUUCCCAGGGCUUCCCUCCCAGGCACCUGGUCUCUCUUUCGGAAACGAACCGCCAGCUGGACAAUUUAGCUGUUUGAGAUUUGAGUGUUUGCUAUGCAUCUUCUUUCUUUUCCUCCCUUCUUAUCGGCUUUUAUUUGCAAGUGUUAUUUUUCAGUUUUUUCAGCUGAGGCCUGAUUUUAACAUUGUGUUUACUCAUACCUAUAUUACUUAAAUCUUACGUUUGUUUUGAAUAAUCGAAUUAACUUGUUAACUUCGGUCUUUUAAAGACUCAUUCGUAGCUCGAGUCUUUGGAAUGAUUCGAAACUGGAUGGGUCCAAGAUGGCGGUUUAAUUUGGUUUACCGAUGGCAGUAGGUACGGGGAGGGGGGCGGGGGGGGGGGGGGGGGGGGAGGGGUUGACAUAACAUAAUGACUGGUCUCGGCCAGGCUGGACCUUGCUAUAUGGAUUCUGCUGGAAAACAAUCUCUUCUGUGUUUAAGUUAAUGUAACUCCAGUUUAAAAAUAUGCCAAGGAUUUCAGAUGCUGUAAAUAUGAUCCUGUUGUCUUGUUAUACGUUUGCACAACUGAUAAUCAGAGAUGUGUCCGUUGGUGGGAAGGUAUUCAUUUUUUAUUUUCAGGUCAUUUUCUGAUCACUGAUGUCGUCACUCCAUUGAUUUCUAGUCGUACGGUGGCCCACCGAAGCGUUGCAUGCAGUUACACCACCGGGACAGCAGAGGGACCCUGCGUCCACCAUUGUGCUAAAUUCAAUUUGCGUUUCUUCUCAGGGUCCGUCUGGUAAAAUAAUGCAAAACUUGACCGCAAUGUUAUUUUUUUUUUACAUUUUAAUUUGGGUUACUUAUUAAUCUAUAUCUAAUUUAUCUAAUUUGACAUAUAACAUCAAUAGGGUUUUGUAUAUUUGAAACGUAUCGCAACGCACUCUUGUUUUUCUUUGAUAAAGUAGAGAAGUUCCUUUGUAUUGGACUGUAUGAAUUUCAGUCAAUAACCAACAUUUAUGAUGGCACAUUUUACUAUGGAUUUGACUUACAAUAAAUAAUAUUUUUUGUCGCAGAAAACUGAUUAUUUCUUAGGUUGCUUUUAUUGUGAAAAGCUAAUCUUUUUGGCGGAUACAGAAGGUGGUCUACCUACUCUUCGUGUUUAUAGAUUUUACAGGUCUUUGAGGUGGAUAACUCUGAAAAGGCUGUGCUCCUUUACCGUGUGAACCAAAUAAAAACAUUUGAGAAAGAGUUUCAAA